AUGCGAGCCCGCAGGUUGUGCCGGAUGGCACUGCGCUUCUGGAUGGGACUGGUCCUGAUCCUGGGAAUGUCCAGCCACUUCUAUAGCCCCACCCGACGGCGACUGGUCCACUCCCGACUUCUGCAGAUCUACAACUGGCUGAUGAUGGUCGCCAACUUUAUUUUGUUUUACACCUACCAGCAAUACGCCGUGGAUUAUUUUGUGGCUGGAACAUUUAAGCGCCAGACAUUCGUGGCUAUGGUGUGCGACCAGAGUGUAAAUCUUCAGUUGGUGACGCUUGUAAUACAAACUUUAUUGAGGGUCCUGCGCGAGCGACAGGUGUGCCAGGUGUAUAACGAAUUGUCGGGGAUUUUGGAGAGGGACCUGAAGUUGGAGGAGCACAGUCGCCUCUAUCACGUGGUCUUUCUGGCCAAGAUCCACAAUUUUGUGCACAACUUCAACUUUGCGCUGAGUGUGCUCAUCAUUUGGGGCAUGCGAACCUUCGGAAUGCCAGACUUCCUGGCCAACCUGUACUUCGUCUACAACAGCCUGGCCAGGGAUGCGGUCCAGGUGGCCUACAUCCUCCUGCUCCUCGACUUGAGCGAGGCACUGCGUCUGAAUGGCCAGCGGGUGUCGAGUUCCUACGGCCACCUCAUGGAGCAGUUGCGUCGGCAGGAGCGAUUGAUCGAGCUCGUGCGGCGGGUGCAUCGCAUGUUCGCCUGGCUGGUGGCAGUCACAUUGUUCUACGAACUGUACUUCAACACGGCCACCAUUUACCUGGGCUACGCCUUCGUCAACCAGCGACACAGUAAAUCGGGGCUGCAUAUCCUGACCGUGAAGGUCCUGCUAACAGGCAUCUGCUUUUUGGUCAAACUUUCGGAUGCCCUGCUCCUGCAAAUCGUCUGCGAACAUCUGCUCGGGGAGCAAAACCAGGUCUGCGCCAGUCCAAAAUUCCAGGGGCACAAUGCGGAUGCCAAGGCAGCUCAUAGACAGUGGGAAAUGUCCCUUUUGAGACGAGCCAUUCGACGAGCUUCGCCGGAGAACAAAGUGUUGGGAAUGUUUAGAAUGGAUAUGCGGCGUGCCUUCGCCCUGAUUAGCUGCAGUUUGUCCUAUGGAAUCAUUAUUAUUCAAAUUGGAUAUGUCCACAGUUGAA